GCUACUAACCUGCUUUAGUUAUGCUUUGCAUGAUUAAUUUUAUUACUUGUUCUUCUCUCUCCUACGAUCUGUCUGUACACUGUUUCAACCAUUUUGUGAUUUGUGACUCUCUGGUACAUUCUGGGUGUGUUGUUUUCUUAAGUUGGUCCUCUCUGACCUCUAUAUAUUGGCAUGGCUUGCAGGUUUUUUAAUUGCAAAAAGUGAUGGCAGAGAGGCACCAGUACCCAAAUGUCAUGCAAAAGUUUGCUGGCCAGUUCCAUGUCAGUUCCAGCCUUUCCCAAGAUGUUCAAAACCGCAAUGGGGCUGCUCUGUAUCAGAGGCAUUUUGCAUAUGGAAAUUACUCCAACGAGGGAUUGCAGUAUCCCAUGACUCAGGCGUGCCGAGCUACCCACAAUUUGCCAGUGGUACCUCUUGCAGCCUCGCCUGUGUUUGUCCAAGCCCCACAAGAGAAAGGCUUUGCCGGCUUUGCUACUGAUUUUCUUAUGGGUGGAGUUUCUGCUGCUGUGUCCAAAACUGCUGCUGCUCCAAUGGAGCGUGUGAAGCUCUUGAUCCAGAACCAGGAUGAGAUGAUCAAGGCUGGUCGGCUAUCCGAACCCUACAAGGGAAUUGGAGAUUGUUUCAGCCGAACAAUUAAAGAAGAGGGUUUUGGAUCAUUGUGGAGAGGGAACACCGCUAACGUCAUCCGUUACUUCCCUACACAGGCCUUGAACUUUGCUUUCAAAGAUUACUUCAAGAAGCUGUUUAACUUCAAGAAAGACAGGGAUGGCUACUGGAAAUGGUUCGCUGGUAACUUGGCUUCUGGUGGUGCUGCUGGUGCCUCUUCCUCGAUCUUUGUCUACUCUUUGGAUUAUGCACGAACCCGUCUUGCAAAUGAUGCCAAGGCUACGACGAAGGGAGGAGGGAGGCAAUUCAAUGGCUUGAUUGAUGUCUACAGGAAGACUCUCCGAUCUGAUGGUAUUGCUGGGCUUUACCGUGGCUUCAACGUUUCUUGUGUUGGCAGCAUUGUGUACAGGGGUUUAUACUUUGGAGUGUAUGACUCUUUGAAGCCAGUGCUUCUGACUGGAAAGAUGCAGGAUAGUUUCUUCGCUAGCUUUGCUCUUGGUUGGGUUAUCACAAAUGGUGCUGGCGUUGCUUCCUAUCCAUUAGACACUGUCCGUAGAAGAAUGAUGAUGACAUCUGGUGAAGCUGUCAAGUACAAGAGCUCCUUUGAUGCAUUCUCUCGAAUCGUUAAGAGUGAAGGGCCUAAAUCUCUCUUUAAGGGAGCUGGUGCAAAUAUCCUUCGUGGCAUGGCCGGUGCCGGUGCUCUUGCAGGUUACGACAAGCUUCAGGUGAUCAUGUUGGGCAAGAAGUAUGGUUCUGGUGGGGCCUAAUUAAGAUGAACAGACAUCUCCUGCCCUUAUACCUAUAGAUGUUGAUGAAAAUCUUUCUUAGUUCAGUUUCUUAGGAUCCAUAUUUUACUCACUUGAAUAACUUGGUUUAGGGGAGUUUUACUCCCGAGAAUUGUUUCUUUUUUGAGGGAUUUUUGUUCCCACGAUCCCUGAUUGUAUAAAAUAAAUAUAAUUCUUUCUAUUUCAUGUGAAUUUGUAAAACAAAGAGAACA